AUGGCAUCUCCUCCUUCGCCGAUGACACCUCCCCCAUCACCAAUGACAUCCCCACCGCUCCCAAUGGGAUCUCCAUCACCAAUGGCAUCCCAGUCCGCAAUGGAGUCCCCGUCAUCAAUGGAAUCCCCAUCCUCAAUGGAAUCACAAUCCUCAGUGGAAUCCCUAUCCUUAAUGGAAUCCCCACUAUCAAUGGAAUCCCCAUUAUCAAUGGAAUCCCCAUUAUCAAUGGAGCCCUCCCCGUCCCCUCCUCCAAAACCAAAACCAAAACCCAAACCAAAACCAACCCACUACCUCUGCCUCCCCCUCGGCCACAACCCCCCCUCCUCUCCCGCCCCCGAACCCUUCAACAUCACCCUCGACAACAUGGUCACCGCCCUCACUGCCUACCUCUACCACGAGCAGAAGAUCCUCCUCUCCAGCGCCAUCCGCCCCGCCUCCGCCCUCAAGCUCCCCCUCGGCCUUCUAUCACUGCCGACUCUAGAGGACGAGGAAGCCGCCGUGAAGCUCCUCGAGCAGAUUGACUUUAGGGCCAUUGUCCGCGGAGUGACGUGGGGGGGUAUUUAUGAGACCAUCGAGACGGACCUGAGGGGGCUCGAGACGGGGGGUGGGAAGUGGCGCACAGGCGUGCUGUAUACAGUUCCUACAGGUAAUCAGCUCGGCGAUGGCUAUGAGAGGCUUCGGGACUUUGUGGCGGCUGUCAGGAAGCCGUUUUUCGACGCGGGGUUCCUGAUACCCGAGAAGGAUGGGAGGGCAAAGGAUGAGGGAAAGGAGGAGAAGGAGGUGGAGCUGCCGGAGGUGAAGCUGAAGGUGACGGUCGUCAAUACGGCGUAUGCGGGGGGGCCGAGGGUGCGCGUGCAUGUGUUUGACGCUGAGACCGCGGUGCGGAAGUACCAGGGGAAGAGGAUGGCGAAGGGGGUGGUGGUGGGCAGCGUGGCGAUCUGUAGGUUGGAGGAAGGGAGGGGGCAGUCGAUGGAUGGGUGGGAGGAGCCGGUGGGGGUUAGGGGCUUUGAGGGUGAAGCUGGGGAGGAGGCGUUCGAGUAUGCGUUGGAGAAGGUGACGUUUGCGCUUCAUGUGUAUGUGUUGGUGACGUGGGUGAUUGGGGGAAUUGUGGGGUUUGUCGUGUGGGUGGUUUGGGGGUGA